AUGGCUGAGGUUCAGGCUACAGAGGUCGCAGCCGCGCCCGCGUUUGAUGUGGCUGGCCCGGCUGUGACUGCUCCUGCGACGCUUCAUCAACGCGAUCUCUUCGGCCGCCAAAACAACUACGAUUCCUGCGGCUAUUACUCUCUUUCAAACAGCGGGUGGGCUACCUGGCAAUGCGGCGUAGAGGGCGACCGGACCAAGACAUGCAAGACCAUCGGCUCGCACUUUGGCUGCUUUCAGAACAUCUACACGACAUGUUACCCUAGGGCAUCUAGCUGUGAUAGUACCGACCAGCGUGCCAUUUGCUGCACCGACGAUGCCAACUUUCCGUAUUGCGCGACAGGCAUCAAGCCCCUCGAAGACGGCGACGGCGACGAGCUAUCCAUAUACCUCUGUGGCAAGACCGAACAACAGGUUCCCUUCUACGAGUCAACCGUUGUCAAGGUCACGACGGGUAGUACGAUUGAGGAGCAGACACUUACCAGUAUCGAUACCACCAGGGGCUUCGUAAUUGUCACCAAGACGGCUGAGCCUUCACCUGAACCCGAAAAAUCCAGCACUCCAGUCGGGGCCAUCGUUGGAGGCGUUGUCGGCGGCGUUGCACUGAUCGCCAUCUUGGGAUUGGCCUUUUGGUUCCUUCGACGCAAGAAGCCGCAAAACAGCAAGGAGGUUGCGACGGCACCUGCACCUGGAUUCCCUCCUCAGCAACAGCAACCGCAAAUGGGCUACCAACCUGGCGUGCCUCCUCCGGUCGUCUACGACUACAACAACAACAACUACGCCGGCUAUCCAGUUCAUGGCUCCCCGCCUCCUCCCAGCGAUCCUCGAUACAGCCUAAUGCCCGUGGGCGGUAUGAGCCCUCCACCUCACGGCCCCCCCAUCGAGCCUUACAAGACGGUCGCGUCACCCGUUUCUGAACUGCCCAUCACUUCUUCCCCCCACGACAACGCGCCCGUGUCUGAACUGCCCGCCGACAUGGGGAAUGCAAGCCACACAACGCCAAGGUAA